AUGGCUCUCUGGAUCCAAUCGCUGCCUCUCCUGGCCCUUCUUGCUCUUUCUGGCCCUGGGACCAGCCACGCGGCUGCCAACCAGCACCUCUGCGGCUCCCACUUGGUGGAGGCUCUCUACCUGGUGUGUGGAGAGCGGGGUUUCUUCUACUCCCCCAAAGCCCGACGGGACGUUGAGCAGCCUCUAGUGAGCGGUCCCUUGCAUGAUGAGGUAGGGGAGCUGCCCUUCCAACAGGAGGAGUUUGAGAAAGUGAAGCGAGGGAUCGUUGAGCAAUGCUGCCACAACACAUGCUCCCUCUACCAACUGGAAAACUACUGCAACUAG